AAGACCGCACCCACAACAAUGCUGCAUGCUUCAGCACAAGGUGAAUAUUACAACACCCACAAGACCGCACCCACAACAAUGCUGCAUCCCUCAGUGCAAGAAGUCAUGUGUCCCUGUUCAUGUGAUUACAUGGACAAAAUCGAGUACUGGGACAAUGAAACAAACCAGCUGAGACAGUACUAUGAACUGAGUCAAAGGUUGGCUCAACUCAAACGCCUCCUCAGCGUGAACACAAAAAAUCUCUCCUCAACCGUAAACAAGAAGAUCAGCGCUGACGAUGAGCGACCAUCUGCCUCUGUAGCAGGUUACGUGGGAGCUGCCUUUAUAGCCUUAGUUCUUGUUGGAAUAGUCCUGGCUGAUGUUCCUGUGUUGAUUAGACAGACUUGUAGACUCCUGAAAGACAUCCGAAAACUGUGUGUUCGAAAAUAAAUUACACUGUUGUGUGUCAUUUUGUAUCAGUUACACUGGUCUCUAUUUUUUUUAAAUUUACUUUAUGUACAAUGUACUUUCAACCUUAUUCUGAAAAGUCAAAGUAAGCGAACAUCAAAUUCUUCCUAGUCUAUUUAUGGGAAGCUGCAACCGUUUAUUGGCAAUCACUUAAUUCCCAUCUCUAUUUUUUUUUUAAAGUAAAUAAAAUAUUUUUUGGAGUAUUUCAUUUUUCUUUGGCUAAUAAAGAUAAUAUUGAAUUAAACAUCCAAUGUUAUUUUCAA